GCGUAAAGCAGAGGGACCCUAAUGUAAGCAAUAGCCCCAGACAAACAUCCCAAGACGACGCCCCUUUAGCUACUUAUCUCUCUCUUUCCACGUUCAAUCCCUCCCCUCACUCAAUUCCAUUAUAAAAACGCCAGCCAUAUGUUCAGAAUCACCAUCUGACUUCUUAUUCUCUCUACUUCAAUUCUCAAUUCUCCCUUCCCAGGUCAGCUCCAUUUAAUUUUCUCGAUCUUUCUCGGGUUGGAUUUCUUUCUUUUCUUCUUGGGAUUGAAGAUCAAUCAGCAGCUGCCAUGUCGAGGAUUUUCCCAGCAGAGAGCAGCUUCUGCUCGCGGGAUUUUCCGGGAAAAGCAGGGGAAGUCAGCGGCGAAGGCAGAGAUUUUGGUGGUGGAGAAAUUAAAUCAUUGGUUCCAAGUAGUAGUGUGUUCACGGUGUGGAAGAAAUCGAGCAUGAGCUUUGAGGGGACGGAUGGGUUCACAGUGUUCGACGACAGGGGAGGAUUGGCUUUCCGAGUGGACAAUUACUCUAGGAAGAAUACUGGCUUCUCUGCUUCUGCUUCGCUUGUCGUCCUCAUGGAUGGAUCUGGCAAACCUUUGCUUACUCUCAAACCCCAGAGAUUGAGCAUGCAGCAGCAGUGGAGUGGAUACAGAGGAGAAGACGGGUGCAGGAAAAGCAAUGCUCCAAACCUUAAGCUCUUCUCAAUGAGAAGACCAUGGAGGACGCGCAGAGACAACAAUGUUAGCACAGAAGCAGAGAUCUUCAUGGAGCGACCCGGGAAGAGCAGCCGCUGCCCGACCCGGCCGGACUUCCGGGUUGAUGGGUCUUUCAGGAAGCGGAACUGCAGUAUCAUCCGGGUCCAAACCGGGGAGGUGGUGGCCCGGAUCGCCCGGAAGAAGGUGAACACCAAGACGCCGGUGGUGUUGAGCGAUGAAGUGUUCAGCCUGAGCGUAGAAGCAGGGUGUGAGUCUGAGCUUGUGAUGGCAUUUGUGGUGGCGCUUGAUCGAAUCUGCCCCGAGCCCUUUGCCCCUCUCUUGUGUUUUUGAUUGAUUAAUAAUUGCCUCAUUUUUGAAAAUGUAAUCUUUUGUACUUAAAUAAUUGAUCAACAUAUGUGACAAUCAUGAGUUCAAAAUGAGAAUUGAGAUUGUUUUGUUUUGAUUGUUA